AUGGAAAAUGCAUCUAGGGUUCAUUCAUGGAUCUCUAAUAUAACAAGGCAUAAUGUCAAAGGACUCGAUCUCUGUUUGCGUCUAGAUAAAACUUUUUUUAUUCCUUCGUCUCUUUUUAAAUAUGAAUCGCUGACUAAAUUGGAGCUAAGUGCAUCCUGUAAUAUUCACAUUCCUAAAAGUUUCUCUUUCCCGAAACCCAAGAGCCUUACGCUUAGUUAUAUCCGAUUUACGGAAGAUGAUGGCUGGAAUGAGCAACACUUUUCUAAUUGCCCUGUCCUUGAGAGUUUGUUUUUGGAUGAUUGCACUUGGUUUGGUUCGAGGAAAUUCUGCAUUUUAACUCCAGCUCUAAAAGUCUUAGAAAUUUAUAAUUACUCUCCCAAGGAAGACGGUCUACAAGAUUAUGAUCUCAAAAUUCAUGCACCGGAUCUUGAAUCUAUUGUCUACUGGAAUGUUGUGGCUAAGGAUUAUGACCUGUCCAGCUUUGUAAAACUAGUUAAUGCAGAUAUCUACUUUAGUGUAUAUGAUGGGGAGGAAAGGAUAGGUCAUGGGGAGGAAAGGAAAGCUGUAAGUAAAUUUCUUCGAGCGCUUGCACAUGUAAAAAGUCUAAUAAUUGCUACGGCUGAGCUAGAGGCUGUCCUCUUUGCAGAAGAUUACGUAAACAUUCUACCUACAUUUAAUAAUCCAAACAAGUUGGACCUGACUCUUGGACCAGCCUCGGAUGAAUUAAUAUUUGCAUUGCUCAAAGCAGCACCUAAUCUGAAGAAGCUUCGAUUCAACUGGGACAUUUUUGGCGAUGAUGAUGAUGAUGACAAUGACGAUACAGUGUAUAAUGAAACUGAUGACGACUUGUUUGGACACCUACAGUCAGUUCUGUUUAGGGGAUUUGUGUGGAGGAGAGGGUUGCGAUGGGCGAAAUUAAUUUUGAAAACCGCAAAAUCUUUACAGAAAAUGACUAUUCGUGCUGGCAAUUGCUUUCUGAAAGAGAAAGAAUUAGUUGAACCAGAGUUACAGAAUCUUCCAAGAGCCUCUUUGGAAUGUGUGUUGUCUAAAACUUGUGAUCGAGUUAUUUCCUAG